ACCGCCGUCCGCCGCUUUCAUAUUCUGCUGAAGAGUUGGCCUUCGAGAAUUUCGCAAACGGGAGUUUGUGGUAUAUCAUGUUGCAUAUAAAAACCCCCAAAUCACUGAGAGCCAAGAGGGAGCUUGAGAAACGUGCGCCAAAACUGGUGGAAUAUGGGAAAAAGACCCUCAUAUUGCAUGGGACAAAAACGAGCAAUGUCCUGAAUGCAGUAUUGACAGAAAUCUAUCAUCUUAAGAAGGAUAAUGCUGUGAAAUAUAGCCGUAGAAAUGAUAACAUCAGACCUUUUGAGAGUGGUGGUGAAACUUCACUAGAGUUUUACUCACUCAAAACUGAUUGCAGCCUGUUUGUGUAUGGUUCACACUCUAAGAAGCGGCCUGACAAUCUUGUGAUAGGACGAACGUAUGAUCACCAUGUUUAUGACCUCGUGGAGGUCGGAAUUGAAAAUUUCAAAAGCAUGGCAUCAUUUUCAUAUGAUAAGAAAAUAGCCCCCUUAAUCGGAUCAAAACCUUUUUUUGCUUUUAUUGGAGAAGGAUUUGAGAACGUUGAAGAGCUCAAACACCUUAAGGAGGUUUUGCUUGACUUGUUCAGAGGACAGGUCGUGAAAAAUCUGAAUCUUGCUGGGUUAGAUCGUGUGUAUGUUUGUACAGCCGUGUCUUCUAACAAAGUGCUGUUCACACAUUGUGCUCUGAGGCUUAAAAAGUCGGGCACCAUUGUCCCGAGGAUGGAGUUGGUGGAGGUGGGACCUUCAAUGGAUUUGGUAGUUAGAAGACAUCGUCUUCCUGAUGAAAGCCUAAAGAAAGAAGCCAUGAAAAUUGCUCCCGAGUUAACAAAGAAGAAGGAGAAAAACGUCAGCAAAGAUGCAAUUGUGGGGAAAAUCGGCAAGAUCUAUGUUCCUGAUCAAGAGGUUGGAAAUGCAUCUUUACCUUAUAAGCCGAAGGGGGUGAAAAGGGAGCGUCGUGAAGCGAAGGCCAAAGGCGAAAGUAAUAACCAUGCAGAAAAGAAGCAGAAGCAACAGGACGACGAUUGCUAAUGGUUGCGUUUUUUUCGGUCAUACUGUGUUUUCUUCUUUUUGUGUCUUAGUCGGUGAUCUUUCGUUAUAGUUCAUUCAAAAUUUUGGACAUUUCUUUGGCGUCGAUUUUGGUAUCAUGAGAUGGCAAAGAUGGGCUAGUUUACGUUAUUGAUGACUUGUUUUACUUCCACGAGCUGACUGAUUGAGUCUAUCAUGUCAUUUACCAUACCGUGUGAGCAUAGCAAGAACCGAGAAUCUAUACUGGUAAAAGGCAUGGUAAGGACGCAGAUAGUACUUUAUGUGUAAAAGACGCUUACUAACAAUCUUAUUAUAUUAUUUUGAUGGUUGUGA